CUUUGCACCUGUAAACCUCUGCACACUUGUCAGUCGUGUCUGUAAGCCUCUUCAUGUCCUCUUUCGUCCUGCAGCUGCUGACAGCUUUUGAUGCACUUAAAGGAAUUGGUGUCAUUCAUGCUGACCUGAAGUUGGAUAACAUCAUGCUGGUGAACCAUCAGAACCAACCCUUCAGAGUCAAGCUCAUUGAUUUUGGUCUGUCACUUCACACCAGUGAAGUGAGGCCGGGUCUGAUGGCGCAGGGUAUCGGGUACAGAGCACCUGAAGUCAUCCUGGGCCUCCCCUUCACAGAGGCCAUUGACAUGUGGAGUCUGGGUUGUGUCCUUGCAGUCCUGUACCUCUCAUGUCACCUGUUUGGGGUACUCUGUGAGUACCAGCAGAUGAGGAACAUCGUUGAUGUCCUAGGUCAACCAGCUGACCACCUCCUUGAUGCCGGCAGCUUCACUAAUAAUUUCUUCAAGCUGAACCGGCAUUACGACUACCCAAAGUGGUGGCUUAAGACUCCGAUGGAGUACAAGCUGACCACUGGGCUUGAGCCCAAAGAAUGUGAGAGGGCUCUCAAUCAUCUGGAUGAGAUUGUCACGAUCGUUCCAGAAAUAAAGGAGUGCAUAGAGCUUGAGGAUAAGAGAGCUUUCCUGAGCCUCUUAAAGUGUCUCCUUCAGACUGACCAUGAACAGAGGAUCAGUCCUGACAAGGCCCUGAAGCACCCGUUCAUCUUGAUGGUGCACCUACAGGAGGAGCUGGACACCAGCAUGUAUGUUGAUGAUUCAUAUGAUAAAAUGGAUCUCAGCCAGAGAAAUGACUCCGAUGAGGAGCUGAUAUUCGACUCUGAGCCAGAAGAGCUGAAAGCUGGAGAAACUGCAGCCUGUCCUCCUGCAGAUGCUGCAGGAUCAGCCUCCCCUGGCUCCUGUGACCACACCUCUGAUGGUGCUACAGGAGCUACAGAUGCCCCAGCUGAGGACCAAUCAUCUGUCAGCUGCUGUGCAGCACAGGAGGACAGUGAGGAGGAUAAAGAGGAGCUGAGGUUGGCCCCUGAUGGGUCAGCAGUCAAAGAAGAGACUGCUGAGGUGAAGAGGAGCUCUCUGAGGAGAAUCAGAAAGUUCUUCAGCCGGGCCAUAAGGACUGUGUUUAGAAUAAAAAAGAAAUCUUAAACACAA